AUGGGAGUAUUUAUAGGAGGUUUAGUGAUAUUUAGCGGUUUAAAUUUGAUGAUUAGUAUAUUUUAUAAACCAAAAUAAAAUCUUGAUUAACAUAUGCAUGAAACCUGUUUAAAACUUGAAAAAUUAAGGGAAUUAUUUAAAAUAAAUAAAUAAACCAACUAGGAAGUAAAUGAAGAAAUAGAUAAAUAAAGAGAUGAGUAAUAAUCAGAAUUUAUUGGCAAUAUAAUUAAAACAACUUAAAAUUAUUAUCCUAAUCUUAUAUCCUAUAAUAAUUUGUUAUAACAUAACAUUCAACCAAAAUGGUGCCUAACAUUUUUUGGACUAAGCUUUUUAUUGUCAUUUUAGAUCAAUGACAUUUAUUGGGAAUUUACAUUCAGUUGGCUCUAUGGAUUACUCUUAGAAUAACUCUUAAGAGUUUCAUUCUGCAUUAUCUAUUCUAAAAGAUUAACCUAGAAAUGGAUCUUGUAAGGACCUGAUUAAGUCUAUACAGAAAUGCAAAUUUUAGCAGAAUUCUAUAAACCUUUGAUGUUGAUUUCUAAGAGUCCAUAGAAAUAUAUUAUGAAUGAUACCCAUGUGAAUAUUAGUGGAAUGAGUAAGGAUCAAUCCAAUUUAAACAUUCUUAACCAUAACUCUACUCAUGAUUUGAUUCAAAACAAACACUAAAUUCUCAGAAUUACAUCUGCUAACCUUGGUACCAUUGAGGAUACCAAACUAGAUAUAAUAGAAAAUGUAAAGGAACUGCCAAUCUUAGAUUCUGACUAGGCACUUGAUACUGAGUAGAAUAACAAUAAGCAAAAUUUAAAUUAAUAAACUGAAAUGGAUACUUAACCAGAAGACAACCAAUUUAAAAAGAAGAAGGUUUAGAGAGUAAAAUUAGAAGCAUUGUAUCAUUCUAAAGUCACCAACAGAUCUCCUAAACCCAACUUGCCUAGACCUCAAUUCUAUUCAAGUUAGAAAAAUAAAUAAAAUCAGGAAGAGCAGCAGAAUAGAUUAUAGGAACAGGAGAUCUAUAUGUAGAAUCAAGAUUUUGAUGAAAAUCAAAAAGAAAAUAUCAAUUGUGAUUUGAUUUAGUUUAAAGAGGAUGCUAAUAGUCCACCUCCUUAAUUCAACCCAAUUGAUUUCUUAAAAAAUAUCAGUCCAAUAGGAUCAGAAUUAUCCUAAAGAAAUGAAAUUCCUCAUUAAUGGGAAGAACCUGAUGAAGAGGAGGCCUGCAACUUUAAAUCUUCAUUCAAUCAAGACUUAUAAGAAGCAGAAUUCGAUAGAGGAAUAACUCCUAAAAUUUUACCCUUACAACCUCUUAGCAAUAUUAAUAAUAGAUCUCCUGUGAACUAAUCAUUAGGGAGUGGUCUAGGAAGUAAAUUUGGGACUGGAAGCAAAGUUGGAACUGUGGCUAGAAGGAACAAUAGUUAGAAGACAUCCAAAGAGGAAGAGGAAAAAUCAUAUAAGGAAUCUAAAAGAAUCAAAGUAAAUACCAGAAGUGGUAAACAGUCUCCAGAUAGAAAAAAUAGGAAAAAUGGAAAGCUUAGAGGAGAGUCUAUGAAGGUUAGAGGAAAUAGAAAAGAAGAUAUACCAACGUUAAAUUUUGAUAGUGCUAGAUUUCAAUCUCCUUAUUUGGACUUUCUUCCUGGAAUGAAAGAUUCUUCGUAGUAAUAAAAAACAUAACGGAAACAAAACAUCAGUGCCAACAAACAGAAAAUUUAAUAAAUCAUUCAAUCAUAUGAAAAUAUUUAAACAUCCAAUGAACAUAGAAAUGUUGAAUGA